UGAUUGUGCAUUGCUAAUGUAUAGAGAUAUAAUUGAUGUUUGUGUGUUGAUCCUAUAUCUCGCAACCUUGCUGAACAUGUUUAUUCAUUGUAAUCGUUUUUUAGUGGAUUUUGUAUGUAGAAUUUGCCAAAUUACCCUGGCUAGGACCUCUAGUACAAUGUUGAAUAGAAAUGGAGAGAGUAGACAUCCUUGUCUUCUUCCUAAUUUUCGGGGGGAAAGUAUUCAGUCUUUUACCAUUAAGUCUGAUAUUAGCCAUGGGAUUUUUUGAGCUGUCCAUUAUCUCGUUGAGGAAGUUCCCUUCUGUUCCUAGUCUGUUGAAUGUUUUUGUUGUGAAAGAGUAUGAGAUUUUUGUCAAAUGCUUUUUCUGCAUGUACUGAGGUGAUCCUGUGGGACUUGUCCUUUAUUCCAUGAUAUGGCUUAUCACAUUAAUUUAUUUUUUAAAUGUUUAUUCAUUUUUGAGAGAGAGUGACACACACACACACAGCGUGAGCGGGGGAGGGGCAGAGAGAGACACAGAAUCUGAAGCAGGUUCCAGGUUUUGAGCUGACAGCACAGAGCCCAAUGGAGGGCUGGAACCCACGGACUGUGAGAUCAUGACCUGAGCCGAAGUCCGACAUUUAACCGACGGAGCCACCCAGGUGCCCCACAUUAAUUGAUUUGGGGAUGUUGGUGUUAAACCAGUCUUCCAUUCCUGGGAUAAGUCUCACUUUGUCAUGAUACAUAAUCUUUUUUCUAUGUUGCUGGAUUUGGUUUUGUUGGGAAACUUUUAUUGAGUACUCUCUACCUUACCAAGCUGUUUACAUGGAUUAUUGUGCUUUUGUUUUUCAAAGUCUAUGAGGUAGGAACUGUUAUUAUUCCUCGUAUCAGAGGUGAAGAAGAUGAGGCUCAGAAAUGUGCUGUCAUCUUCCCAAAAUCACACAGCCAAUAGUGGCAGACAGGAUUCUAACCAGUUCACCAUCCCACUCUCACGUGAUAAACCACCUCUCACGAACGUUAUCGAUGCUGGACAUGAGAUGAUUUCCAGAUGACAUCCGUUGUUUUCAUUGUUUUUAGUUUCCCUCUGUUUAUGGCAAGUGAUACUGGUUCUCUAUUAGUGGUUGUAAUAUGAGCUUCCUUCUAAUAUAUAGAGUAAAAGUGAAAAGUCUUUUUAAAAAAAUAUUAAGUAAAUAAUUGUACAGGCUUAUAUAGGGCAUGACUGCAUAUUCCAUUUAAAUUAUCUGUGUUAUCAGUAGGGAAGGAGAAGGAAUGGGAAAACUAGAAAUGAAGAUAUGGCCAAUUCAGGUCAUGUCAUUUUGCCAAUGUUGUCAGGGGAUUCAGGUAUGCUCAUGCAUUCUCUCAUCCCAUAAUUCCUCAGUGCUUAAUCUGUCUUCAGCACUCUGCUAAGGUCUCUGAGGUUUUCAGAGAUGGGUGAGAAAUGGUCUCUAACCUCAUGAAGCUUACACAUGCAUGCAUCAUUCCACCCUAGGGAGGGCAUAUAUGUUUUCUCUCAUGGGUGAACACAGAUUGGUUGCUACUGGCCCCCUGGAGUUCUGUAUUUCAUGAGAAGGAUUCUGAGGCUGCCUGUGAACUCUGAGAAAUAAAGACAUUAUCAAUUAGUAACAGUUGCCCUGACAUGGGAAGAGGAAGUAUCUGUACUCGUGACCCUUCUCAGGCAGAAAGCAUCACAAGGGAGGUACUGCUGAUGUACCUAGGAGUGGAAUUGUUGGGUCACAUGGCUACUCUAGGUUUUAAAAUUUGAGGAACUGCCACACUCUUUCCCAAGUGCUGCACUAGUUUAUAUUCCUACCAGCAAUGUAUGAGGGUUCGGAUUUCACCGCCUCACCAACGCUUAAGAAGUCCUGGGAGUUCCAGGGAAGGAAGGAACAAUCAUGUGGUAGAGGGAGAGACCUUGAAGGUGCAGAAUACACAAACUGCAGCCAUGACCACCCACGUCACCCUGGAAGAUGCCCUGUCCAACGUGGACCUGCUGGAAGAGCUGCCCCUCCCCGACCAGCAGCCAUGCAUCGAGCCGCCACCUUCCUCCAUCAUGUACCAGGCUAACUUUGACACAAACUUUGAGGACAGGAAUGCAUUUGUCACAGGAAUUGCAAGGUACAUUGAGCAGGCUACGGUCCAUUCCAGCAUGAAUGAAAUGCUGGAGGAAGGACAUGAGUAUGCAGUCAUGCUGUAUACCUGGCGCAGCUGUUCCCGGGCCAUCCCCCAGGUGAAAUGCAAUGAGCAGCCCAACCGGGUUGAGAUCUAUGAGAAGACAGUGGAGGUGCUGGAGCCAGAGGUCACCAAGCUCAUGAAGUUCAUGUACUUUCAGCGUAAGGCCAUCGAGCGGUUCUGCAGUGAGGUGAAGCGCCUUUGCCAUGCCGAGAGGAGGAAGGACUUUGUCUCCGAGGCCUACCUCCUGACCCUGGGCAAAUUCAUCAACAUGUUCGCCGUCUUGGAUGAGCUGAAGAAUAUGAAGUGCAGUGUCAAGAACGACCACUCUGCCUACAAGAGGGCGGCACAGUUCCUGAGGAAGAUGGCAGACCCCCAGUCCAUCCAGGAGUCGCAGAACCUUUCCAUGUUCCUGGCCAACCACAACAGGAUCACCCAGUGUCUCCAUCAGCAACUGGAAGUGAUCCCAGGCUACGAGGAGCUGCUGGCAGACAUUGUCAACAUCUGCGUGGAUUACUACGAGAACAAGAUGUAUCUGACCCCCAGUGAGAAGCACAUGCUCCUCAAGGUAAUGGGUUUUGGUCUCUACCUGAUGGAUGGAAAUGUCAGUAACAUUUACAAACUGGAUGCCAAGAAGAGAAUCAACCUCAGCAAAAUUGAUAAGUUCUUUAAGCAGCUGCAGGUGGUGCCCCUUUUCGGCGACAUGCAGAUAGAGCUGGCCAGAUACAUUAAGACCAGUGCUCACUAUGAAGAGAACAAGUCCAAGUGGACAUGUACCCAGAGCAGCAUCAGCCCCCAGUACAACAUCUGCGAGCAGAUGGUUCAGAUCCGGGAUGACCACAUCCGCUUCAUCUCCGAACUCGCUCGCUACAGCAACAGUGAGGUGGUGACAGGCUCCGGGCUGGACAGCCAGAAGUCAGACGAGGAAUACCGUGAGCUCUUCGACCUGGCCUUGCGGGGCCUGCAGCUUUUAUCCAAGUGGAGCGCCCACGUCAUGGAGGUGUACUCUUGGAAGCUGGUUCACCCCACAGACAAGUUCUGCAACAAGGACUGCCCAGGCACAGCAGAGGAGUACGAGAGAGCCACGCGCUACAACUACACCAGCGAGGAGAAGUUUGCCUUUGUCGAGGUGAUUGCCAUGAUCAAAGGCCUGCAGGUACUCAUGGGCAGGAUGGAGAGCGUCUUCAACCAGGCCAUCAGGAACACCAUCUACGCGGCCCUGCAAGACUUUGCCCAGGUGACACUGCGUGAGCCCCUGAGGCAGGCGGUGCGGAAGAAGAAGAAUGUCCUUAUCAGUGUCCUCCAGGCAAUUCGAAAAACCAUCUGUGACUGGGAAGGGGGCCGAGAGCCGCCUAAUGACCCGUGCUUGAGAGGGGAGAAGGACCCCAAAGGUGGAUUUGACAUCAAGGUGCCCCGGCGUGCUGUGGGGCCCUCCAGCACACAGCUGUACAUGGUGCGGACCAUGCUUGAAUCACUCAUUGCAGACAAAAGUGGCUCCAAGAAGACCCUGAGAAGCAGCCUUGAUGGACCCAUCGUCCUCGCCAUAGAGGACUUCCAUAAACAAUCCUUCUUCUUCACGCACCUGCUCAACAUCAGUGAAGCCCUGCAGCAGUGUUGUGAUCUGUCUCAGCUCUGGUUCCGAGAAUUCUUCCUGGAGUUAACCAUGGGCCGGCGAAUCCAGUUUCCAAUUGAGAUGUCCAUGCCCUGGAUUCUAACAGACCAUAUCCUGGAAACCAAAGAACCUUCCAUGAUGGAGUACGUCCUCUAUCCUUUGGACCUGUACAAUGACAGCGCCUACUAUGCUCUGACCAAGUUUAAAAAGCAGUUCCUGUAUGAUGAGAUUGAAGCUGAGGUGAACCUGUGCUUUGAUCAGUUUGUCUACAAGCUGGCGGACCAGAUCUUUGCUUACUACAAAGCCAUGGCUGGCAGUGUCCUGUUGGAUAAACGUUUUAGGGCCGAGUGUAAGAAUUAUGGAGUCAUCAUUCCAUACCCGCCGUCCAACCGCUACGAAACGCUGCUGAAACAGAGACAUGUCCAGUUGUUGGGUAGAUCAAUUGACUUAAACAGACUCAUUACCCAGCGUAUCUCUGCUGCCAUGUAUAAAUCCUUGGACCAGGCCAUCAGCCGUUUUGAGAGUGAGGACCUGACUUCCAUCGUGGAGCUGGAGUGGCUGCUGGAGAUCAACCGGCUCACACACCGGCUGCUGUGUAAGCACAUGACCCUGGACAGCUUUGACGCCAUGUUCCGGGAGGCUAAUCACAACGUGUCUGCCCCCUAUGGCCGCAUCACCCUGCACGUCUUCUGGGAGCUGAACUUUGACUUCCUCCCCAACUACUGCUACAAUGGGUCCACCAACCGUUUUGUUCGAACUGCCAUUCCUUUUACUCAAGAACCGCAAAGAGAUAAACCCGCCAACGUCCAGCCUUAUUACCUGUAUGGAUCCAAGCCUCUCAACAUUGCCUACAGCCACAUCUACAGCUCCUACAGGAACUUCGUUGGGCCCCCCCAUUUCAAGACCAUCUGUAGACUCCUGGGUUACCAGGGCAUUGCUGUGGUCAUGGAGGAACUGCUGAAGAUCGUCAAGAGUUUGCUCCAAGGAACCAUUCUCCAGUACGUGAAGACACUGAUCGAGGUGAUGCCUAAGAUAUGCCGCUUGCCCCGACACGAGUAUGGCUCCCCAGGGAUCCUGGAGUUCUUCCACCACCAGCUGAAGGACAUCAUUGAGUAUGCAGAGCUCAAAACAGAUGUGUUCCAGAGCCUGAGGGAGGUGGGCAAUGCCAUCCUGUUCUGCCUGCUCAUAGAGCAAGCUCUGUCUCAGGAGGAAGUCUGUGAUUUGCUCCAUGCUGCACCCUUCCAAAACAUCUUGCCUAGAGUCUACAUCAAAGAAGGGGAGCGUCUGGAGGUCCGGAUGAAACGCCUGGAGGCCAAGUAUGCCCCUCUUCACCUGGUCCCUCUGAUAGAGCGGCUGGGGACCCCUCAGCAAAUCGCCAUCGCCCGGGAGGGCGACCUGCUGACCAAGGAGCGGUUGUGCUGCGGCCUGUCCAUGUUUGAGGUCAUCCUGACGCGCAUCCGGAGCUACCUACAGGACCCCAUCUGGCGGGGCCCACCGCCCACCAAUGGCGUCAUGCACGUUGAUGAGUGUGUAGAGUUCCACCGGCUCUGGAGUGCCAUGCAGUUCGUCUACUGCAUCCCUGUGGGGACCAACGAGUUCACAGCCGAGCAGUGUUUUGGUGACGGUCUGAACUGGGCCGGCUGCUCCAUCAUCGUCCUGCUGGGCCAGCAGCGUCGCUUUGACCUGUUUGACUUCUGUUACCACCUGCUAAAAGUACAGAGGCAGGACGGGAAGGAUGAGGUCAUUAAGAAUGUGCCACUGAAGAAGAUGGCAGACAGAAUUAGGAAGUACCAGAUCUUGAACAAUGAGGUUUUUGCCAUCCUGAACAAGUACAUGAAGUCCGUGGAGACGGACAGCUCCACCGUAGAGCACGUACGUUGCUUCCAGCCACCCAUCCACCAGUCCUUGGCCACCACCUGCUAGGCGGAAGGUCCUGCAGACCCUCGACCUGGAGGAGAAGAAGCAGGAGAGAGAAAGCCAUGGCCAGCCUGCAACAGGGUCCUCCUGGACAGCAUAUGGGAUAGGCCUGGACACAAACAAGAACCUCCCCAAACACAUCUACACCUCCCAAGGGCUGGGCCUGUGCAUGCUCUCCCAUGACAUCUCCAUGGUGGUUUCUCCAUAGCGUAAAUGAAAAAAAAAAAAAUCAAAAGAAACAGGGCAGUAUGUGCUUUUUCUUUUCUUUUUUCCCCUCAGCUGUAUUAAGAGCCCUAGUCUCACCCCUUCUCCAUCUCACAGCCCCACCCCACAUCCAUGGUUGCUUCUCAAGACCUCCUCCCAAAUGGUGACCUCCUACCCAGUGCCCACACGUGACCUCAGAAGUGAAGUCUCAGAGCUGGAGAAAAGAGCAUGGCCGUACCCCGAGAUACCAGUCUGAGCUGACAGGAGUAUGUCCACGUACCGACUCCCUCUCCUCCUCUGGCUCCCUCCCCGCAUUUUCCAAGGUGACAUCUCCACCUGCUCUGGGUGCCAAGGAUUCUAGCACCCACAGCAGUCAUGGACCAGACACUGAGAGCCAUGAGAAACAGAAGACGAGGUUCCUGGUACUGACACCAUGAUAGAUGGUGGUGGCCCUGGAUGUCCCUGGACUCCCCAAACCCCACUCCCCUCUCAGGGUGCUCCUAGAGAGAACUCAGAAGUGCAUUCAUAAUCGUAUCUUACUUAGUGAAGUUAUGGUAGGAAGAUGGUCAGGCUUGUUGUGCAGAAACAGUAUUUAUUAACACAGCCAGGAAUUCUAUAGCCCCAAACAGAAAGCCAUUAGACCAUCUCAGCUUGGUGAGGAGGCGGUUCCUUUAUUCAUCAAGCAAAUACUGUGAGCACCAAGCUGCACAGGGCAGUGGACACUGGGGAUGCAGCAUGGAACAAGUCAGUCAUGCACUGCCCACCGCAUUAGCCAGUGACCAAAUUAGGGACAGCUUCUCUGCACAGACUCUUUCAUCAAGCAACACUCCCACGAGAAAGAAAAUAUUAAGGGGUUAUUUCAACAGAAGCCCAAAACAUAUUGGAGUCAGGGAGGUGAGGAAUAUAAAUAACACUUGCCAAUGAGCUUUUAAUACCAGGAUGCACUCCCAGAAAAGGAGUCCUGUUCUACUGAAUCAGUACUUCCAUUGUCCUAGAAGCUGAAAGAUUCCUAGGACAUUUUAUCUUUUACUCUCAACAUCCUUAGUUCUCUUUAACUUAGAUUUUGAGGCCUGGGGCAUAUCGCACAGGGGCAUAUCUAUGUGCAUUUCUCAGACUCAACCAAAAGUCUGCAGAAUCUCCCAGUGAGCAUAGGGAGACUGGUUAGAAGGAUGGAAGGCUUUCAGAAUGAAUGUCUCAUUACAGAGCACCUCUUGCUCAAAGAAGCCUGGGACCCUGAGCUUGUAAGAAAAUAAAAGUGAGACAUUUGAUAUCUCAUCCCCAACCCAGGGAGGAAAAGAAAAGUGAGAAAAAUAGAACAAUAAUGAUCCCCUCCCUUAGGGUGGAUGAAUGGAAAUGGUUACCAUUAACAGAUGGCCCAUUUUAACCCCAUGGAAAGAGCAAAACAGUACAUAGCAAGAGGUUGUGUGAUACACUGUGCCCACCAGGGAAGAAAGAAGGGCUCAUCAAAUGUGGUCCAAAGGCCUAUAUCAACAUGUCCUGAGAUUAGCACAUUGGAUGCAGAUUCCUGGGCCGUACCUCAAACCAAUUAACCAGAGUAAGGGAAAUCUGCACUAUCCACAAGCCCUCUUUGUUGUACUGUUGCACAAGGAAACCUGAGGACCAAUGCUGUAGAGGGUCUUUCCACCACUAACUUGGGCUUUGAGCUCCUUCUGAGCCAUGAAAGAAAAUAUCUGUAGGGUAGGAAAGUGAUUCAGGGUGGACCGGCAGAUCCUCUCAUCCUUAGAUGCGACUUCCUAUUCUGAUUUUUUAAUUUUUUUCUUCUUGGUGACCAUAGAUGCGCCAAAGGCAAAAGGGAGAGGCUACACACACCACAUGAUAGAACUACAUGGGGAACACACCUUCAAAACGCACCAAAAAAAAUCUCUAAGCUGCAGAGAAUCUUCAGUCCUGUCCGGGGACAGUGGCUCUUUCAGAUAGGUGGCUGGCUAUUAAGUCCUAGAGAUUAUUCCAAAUCCAUGAUCAUUGCCUUUGUGGAGAUUUGGGUCAUCCAUUUGAGGAGACUGCUAUUUCAAUAACCUGUCCUUCCAAUUCUGCAUCUGUAACCCUGAAUUUGACCCCUUGGGUAGAAUCCUAUUAUCCUCAAGAGACUUGAUCCUGGUAAAUUGAGGUCUUCACCUAAAUGAAAGACAUUUCAUUUCCCUGGCUCGCCAGCAACAUUUAUUUAUGAAUACCAAACAGCUUUAACAUUCUUUCCUCCCUGGUAUUACUGCCUCCUUUUGAUUUGAUUUUUUUGUGUGUCUAAGAAGCAGGAAAAAAAAAUCUUAGGUUUUAAAAAGUUUAAAAAAAAUUGUUUCAAAAACUGUCAAAUGUACCAUAUUUGUAUUAAGAGUUGUUGGGAAUUUUUGUACAAUGAAUUUACAUUUAUUUAUGGUGACUUAUAUUUACGCUUGUGAUCAAAUCAUGAUGUUAAAUUCUUAAAUCAUAUUUGCUAUGCAGCUGAAGAUGAUAUUUUGCUUUGUAUUUUGGGGUACCUGUGUUGAGUUGAUAAACAUUUCCAUCUCUACAUCUCCAUUAAAACUGCUUCCAAACCAG